UACACAACUUAAUCGCCAGGACUGUAUUGUAUAUUAAGUUUUGUUAUUAGCAAAAAAAACUUUAAAAUUGCCUAGAAAUUAAAAUCAAAUCAAAGUUUCAACUUUAAUAUUCGUUUGUUUAAUAAAUGGUUUCAGAGAGUUUUCGAUUUUAAUAAAAAUGAAACAGUUACAUUGCAAAUCGUCGGCAUUACAAAAAAAAAAUACGGUGCUAAUAAAUUUGUAACUGUCCUUAUGCAAAAUAAAAACAUAAACCAUAGGUGUGGCAGCACUGAAUAAACAGCUGUAGCCAUUAUUUUGUUUACAAUCUUCCAAUUGUGAUGAAUUAUGAGCGUAAAAAUAUUUCUGCCCGCUUUUCUGUUUCACACAAAAAAAGACUGUGAUAUAUAUGGAGAAAUACAAAUCAAUGAAAAUAACGCAAUUUCUUAUUAUAUUAUUGCGCAUCAAGAUUAUCAGAAUGUGAGUCAAGGCAGUUUGCGACACUUGGGACACAUAGUUCGUGCCGGACCAACAUCAGCCUUACAACAUCGAGAUGUUGCGGUGACCUUUGCCUAUGACGAGGACACGCCAAACAUUUAUUUAGUUAAAUUAAGCAUAAAACCGUCAGGAACCACACAAGUAAAUGUCUUCCUUUAUGAUGUGCCAAAAAUGCGACACUUGUACGAAUAUAUUAUAAUCAAUUAUGAGACAAAUAAAAGCCAUGCAAUAUCUGCUGAAGGAAAUUGCGAGGAAGAAACUGACCAAUGUAAUGACGUUGUAUUGUUGUGCCGUCUGUUAAAUGAAAAUCACAAGCAAAAUAAAGUGGUUAAAGUCACGAUAUUCAGUAUUCUACAAAAGUUACUAUUUUUACUGCCUAAUUUAAUAACAUAUUUAUUAAUUAUAUUGCUGGAGUGUAAGCCAGUUAAAACGCUUAUGCAAAAAACAUCAAUUUACGUACACUUUUUGGAAUGGCGUAGAUUGGACGCAACUGGACAACGUAAACUAAACAUAGCAAUGGACAAAAUUCUCGGAGUUAGUGUAAUGAUAUUCUUACUCUUUUACGUAUCGCAGCCCGGCGAUUACCUGCUAACAACAUCGCACUGGGUCAUACAAAAGCUGCGCUUGCUGCUGCGUUCCCUUAAAGGCAGCCCGAUUGGCCUCAAACUGAAUGAGCAUCUUAACAAUUUUCUGCUCGAUUGUUUUAAUUAUCACAUCGAUCUGUGGGAAAAGUUUUUAGAUCUGAUCGAACCCAUUGUGCGUCAACUUUUCGUCCCAAUUGCCAUGCUUGGUUUUAUAGGAAUAUCCUUUCAAUUAGCAUCUUUGCCAGUGUUGAUAUCAAUAAUCGGUUUGCAUGCGCAUUGCUUUUAUAUAUACACAGCAGUAUUGUACAAAGUGGAGAUCAGAGGUAUCCAAGUACUUUGGAAGGUGAUGCUAGGCAAACGCUACAAUGUGCUUAAAAAUCGCGUGGAGUCACAUAAUUAUGUUAACCGGCAGUUGUAUCUAGCGACAAUAUUCUUUACAUCGCUGCUAUUUUUGUUUCCAACAGUAUUGGUUUAUUACGUGGUUUUCACAACGUUGCGGCUUUGUAUAUACCUCGUAAAUUUGGUUGUCGAAGUGUUGCGGCGUAAAAUUUUAAAAUUUCCUCUGCUAACUCUGCUAAAAUGGACCAUUGAUAAAUUUUACGAUAUGGAAAGUAUACACGUCGCUUAUAUGCCACACUCGCCGUCCCCUUUGUUACAACCACAGAAUUUGCAAAUUAGUAUGUCCGUUUUCAAAUUAAGCAUACAAAAAUCGCCAUUAAGUCGGGUAUUUUCAUGUGAAAGUGGAAUCCUGGAAGAAUUUAAAUCGGAUGAGAUGUCAAUUAAAAAUGCAUUUAGGCGUAUGCUUAAAGGAACAUUUUAAAACUGUUAGUAAAUUCUCACUGAUAUUAAAUCUGUCUUAAACCACAAAUGGUUGUUAUAUUGUUCAAAAAUUAAUAAUUUUUAAUACAAAUCAGUUUACAUAUUUUGCAUAUAAUGCGCUUUCUACUGGAAAUUUUGGUAUAUACAAUGCAUACAAAAUAAGAAAUAAGGACACGAAUUAAUAUUUGUAUUGAAGUUAUAACUUCUUAAAAAUCAUAGUUUUCAAGAAACUUCUUAAUAACUAAAAACACGCCUCAAACAUUGUUCUAACGUACAGUUAAACUUACAGGUAUUUAUUAUACAAAAUUACAUUUAAGCCACCGGAGAAAUAAACUAGAAUAUUAAAAUUA